AUGCGCCUGAUUUCGCUCCAGAGGCCAUCCAGUGGUGCCGCCGUCGACAGCAAUCUGCUGGAGAUUUGCGAUUUGCAGCUUCUCCUCGAGUGCCCUCUCGAUUUGUCCAGUCUUUCGCUCUUUCUCCCGACAGAGGAGGCGCUCUCGGAGAAUGCCAGGCGCAAGAAGCCGAAGAAAGGGGACUCAAGUGAGCUGGUCGUCAAGGCUCCUUUCAGGAGAGCCGGCGACGGUGUGGUGAUUGAUGCCGAGCCAUGGUACCAAAGUGCCGACUUGAGCGUUUUGGAUGUGGCUCUGAUCAAUGCGGUGGUGAUCUCGAGACCAGAAUCCAUGCUCGCUCUACCAUUUCUCACUCGCAAUCCAGAUUUCACCGCAAAGAUCUUUGCAACGUAUCCAACAGCAACUGUUGGGAAGCUUUUGAUGCAAGAGCUUGUUUCUUCCCACCGCGACUUUCUAAAACUCUAUGGAGCAAGCUCUCUUGAGAACCAUCCGGAGUUCACGCAGUGUGAAGUUCCGGAGGCUCUCAAAGAUUGUCUUCUCGGGGAGCACAACUCAGGCAUCUUAAACUGGCACAAGCUUUACAGUGCAGAAGACGUGCUUGGCUGCAUGGAAAGAAUCCAAACUCUUCGUUAUGGUGAAGAGGCCCCCAUUGAUGGGUGUGUGGUCUUGACACCUUAUAGCUCCGGCCAAGGCAUUGGUGCUUCGAACUGGGUGAUUAAAGGACCUUGCUCGAGCGUGACAUACGUUUCGUCUUGCGAUGUAGCAGCGGCCGCAGCUAGUUGUGCGAGCCAGGAUUUGACUUCUUUAGAUGGAAGCCAAGUUCUCCUUGUUUCGGCCAAGCAGCCAACUUCUUCUGUGGAGAAACUCGAGAUGGAUACUGAAGCUGAACCCCGCAGUAGACUUACGACUCGGCCAUGGGUAAAUGCUCGUGUGGAAUUCAUCACUUCGCACAACGCCAAGCCACGGAUGGCCAACAGCGUACUCAGUGAGAAACGGGAGCCUCAGCAGAGAUCCUUGCUAGCGCAAGUCGCAAACGCUGCCGCAGAUGCUUUAAGCAAGGGAGGCUCGGUGUUGAUACCCACCAGUGUUUCAGACACAGUCCUCGAGCUCAUCGAGACGAUCUCUCAAGAAGUUUCUUGUGCAAAAGUCUCGGGAAGGAUUUUAUACGUAUCGCCGAGUGCUCAGGAAUUCCUGGCUUUUACCAACACUGUUCCGGAGUGGCUCUCAUCGGCACGGCAAGAGAAGCUAUAUAACGGGGAGUCAUUGUUUGGACACGUCGAGCUUCUAAAGGAGGGAAAGCUCUCUUACUUUCCAAGCCUGUCGCCAGAAGUUGUGGAGUCUGGUCCCUGCGUGAUACUGGCUUCCCAUGUAAGCCUUCGAAUGGGACCGUCUGUACAUAUACUAAAUCGUUGGCGCCAGCAUUCGAGUAACUUGCUCAUACUGACAGAACCAGAUAUUGAUGUAGAGAGGUUUUUACUCCCAUUCAAGCCAUUGUCCAUACAAGUAAAACAUUUUCCCCUAGCCACUAGCGCGAGGUCACGAGGAGCUUUGUCCUCCUUGAUAGAUCGCUUGCAACCCAAAUUUGCAGUGGUGCCAGAACGCUUGAAAUCCGUGGUGACGUCGGAUUGUGACACAAAAAUAUUGUUCUACGUGCACAGAGCUCCACUAAAGAUCCCGAGCUUGGAGGAAGAGCUCAACAUGGAACUAUCAGCGGAUUUAGCCAGCCGGAUCAAGCCCAAGCAAACUCGAAGCGGAAACAAUGCAGCCUUGGCUCGGCUCUCUGCAGAGAUGCACUUCCACGACGGGAACUUCUACCUGGAAAUGCCGAGAGUGUCGAGAAUGAUACAAGCGCCCCAAAGAUUCUGUGGCACACCCGACGUGGACGCUCUGUUGAGAGCUCUGAGGGAGAAAGGCCUGGUGGACAUCCAGCAGAGCUUUGCGGAGCAACCCGAUGGAUCCAAAGUUCCUGUCAUAUCCGUGACCUUCCAAACUAGUGCUUCUAUUGAGCUCAAUGGCAGUGAAACCAUUAUCAAGACAAGCGAUGCAGUGCUCCGGCGUCUCAUCGCAGAUGCGGUGAUAAGCUGCCUGCAAAUCAUAUAAUUACUUGUUCUCCCACCAACAAAGCUCACAUUCAACUUAAAUGUUAUAUUCCAAAUAGGGAGCUAGAAGUGAUAACAAUGUAUCAGCCUCUUCAAGCUU